UCCGCAUUCCGUUCACACGACGAUAUAUCUCUGGUACCUAUUACACAGGUGUUUAUAGCGAUAGCACUGAUUUGUGUUUUAAUACGUCAAUCCCGUGGAGUUGCGCUGAAUUCUUUUAUUUUAAGGACAGUAGUAUAUUAUUCUAAUCAUAUGAAAAAGGUAAGGAAAAAUGUUAUAUUCUAAAGGUUUCAUCAAACAGGAAGAUCUGUUUUAAAGUAGAUUGUGUUGUCACGUGAUUUAGUGCUAGUAGGCGAGGGACUCGCGACAUACAAGUAUAUACUGAUGCUAUUUCAAAUAACAAGUUAUUAAUAGAAAUUCGAGAAAAUGCAUGUAUACUACGAAAAAAAAAAAAAACACUCUUAGGUUCACACGAUUUUUGUUUUUUUUAUUGGUUGCACAAGUAGUGCGUCAUAAUGCGAGUAUCUAAAUCGCGUGUUCAUCUUUUAUUCUUUUGAACGUGGAUGACAAAAACUUACAUAGACUAAUCAUAAACUAGCUGUAGUUGACUUUUGUUUUACCAUACAUGUAUGAGGUGUGAUUCGGAAUCAAAGGAAAAAGAAAGAAAUAUUCUAUGACGUUUGUUAUCACAACGAUAGAAUAACGUGACACUUUGGGAGGGAUGGUUGUAACAGAUGUGUACGUCAUGCAAUCAAUGACACUAUCUCCAACAUUAAUUCUAAAACAACUGGAUGACUAGGAGUUAUAUCAUGAAAUCUAGAGAGCUUAGGUUCUCAUAUAUUAAUAGAUCACCAUUUCAGAAUGACUGUUUUCCAUCGGUCAAAAAGUUUCCCAUAUGUCCUAAUUUCUCACUGACGUUGUCAUUCUAGAUAAGGUCUCCGGUCAAGGCCAUUAUUCCAUGUUCAGACUUCAGACUUACUUAUCGGAUAGAAAAAUGCGAAAGUCGCAUUGACCACCUUCUUUGAAAUUUAUCUUUAAGGUCAUUCCGCGACGCCGGCGUUCAGGGGGUGUAUGAAAUCGUCAUUAUGGCUUACGUCUUUUAGAAACAUGAAUGAAAAAUAUUUGUAUAUUCCGUUUAACUUUGGUAGUCGAGCUGGGAAGUCCUCCACUUUUUAUCCACAGUAGAAUUUCCUCCUUAAGUUAGUGUUAAGUUUGUGUGGAGAAUUCAGUGUUGUGAUUUCAAACCCAAUACGGAGGUGACUAGAUCUGAUCUAAACGGUCACCAAGACAUUGUCAUACUGUACAUGUAUGACCUUGGAUGUGACCUUAAGUCAAGACACUAAGUCCUGUAAUUAGAUACUGUCAAUCAAACAACUUUCAUUGGAAUUAUGACGUUACAGGGGCGAUACACACGUAGAUAUAAAAUACAAAUGAUGUAAGUGAAAAAAGGAACUACGAUUGGCUGAACAGUACAGGUACGGAUCCACAAAUUUUCAAAUGGGGUUGCGACCCAUGCAAGAUGGGUCUCCCACAAAGGAUUGCAGACCGGAAAAUAACCAUUCCCUCUUUUAAAAAAAAGUCUUCAAUAAAAGGGGAGAUGUAAACCCACCACUCCAGAUCCGCCACCUUUCAUUGCAAUGAAAGGAACGAACGAAAAAAUAAAAGAGAACAAUAUUCAAACAUAUUUCUCUAAGACAGGAGUAUAUUUACGUAAGGUAAAACAAUAAUAAAAAUAAAUGAAUAAAUUUGAAAAUAAGAAAAUACGAGAUAUUUAUUUUGUUGUCUCUCCUGUUACCUCAGCUAGCUGAGAACACAACACAUAUAAAACCUAGACAGAAUCCAGACAAACCAGAAAUAACUACAAAAAAUCAUAAAUUGAUCUGAUGGGGUUUAAAUAUUUUCAUGAUAUGAAAGUGUCUGCACUCGUAAAAAUUCAAUGCAACAAAGUUCGCUAACGCUGUCAGUUAUGGGGUUUUAACAAUCAAGGUUUUCAAAGUACACCAAUCUUCUGGUGGUUUGUUUCAGCCGGUCGUUUUUUAUAUUUGAUUAUGUAAAAAUGGCUGAAAUUGACGUUUGUUAAAAAAAGUUCCCUUUUAUGCUGAGUUAAUACUGAUCUUGAAUGUCAAGCUAUUCCUGAUACGUGCCAGACAAACACAAAGAAUUGAAAUUAAAUGUCCAAACAUAUUCUCCUAAGGCAUUAGAGGCAGAACAGUAUAGAAAUGCUAAUGGAUUUAAAUGUUUAUCACAACAGAAAUUCAGUUUUUAUCAAAUUGCAAAUUCUAAUGAUGUGCAUGUGUCUAACUCAGCUGUUACGUUGACGAAGUAUAGGUACCACAUCAUUUAUCCAUUUAUUUCAAACAUGCCUCAACACUUGAGCCACUAUCAGCUUCUACAUUAUAUUAAACGGGUCAGUCUCGGUUUACAUUGACCCCAAGAUGACGGGAGAAGAUGAAUUUGGUCGCUGGACUCCCGCCCGAAACCAGAAAACCCCAUCCCCGGUCCCUUCGUCAGUCUCCGCCACACCCGAGCCUGGACAACCGCCCGGUCUUAAAGGCACAGUGGCUUUAGAAACUCUCGCGGAGGAGGAAGAAGAUGAAAGUGGCGAAGUGAAUGUACAAGAUUCUGUCCGCAAACAAGCCCAAGCCAAAAUUGAAGUGCUAGAUCGUUCCAAGUUUGGAAAACUCAUCGUUAACUAUGGCGCUGGAAAGUCCUUUGGUGAAGUCGCUCUUGUGAAAAGAGACAGUUUUCGGAAUGCCUCGGUAAUUGCUGACGAGGACGUGGAUCUAUUGGUGAUCGGGCAGGAUCUCUUUGAUCGAUCGCUAAAGUGCGAUCAUGAGAAAGAAUUUGCUGAAAUUAGUAACUUCAUCGAGUCUCAUCCAUUCUUUUGCCACAUGCCAAACAAACUGAAGAAGCUCCUGGAAAUGAGCUUGAGGCGGGAGACAUUUAUCUUCGACUCCGUGAUGGUGAAACAGGGAGACCCAGUGACUGGGAUGCAUUUCAUACUCAAGGGCCAAGCGAAUGUUACCGUGGAACCGCACAAGCACCAGAAGCAGUACUCUCAUUUGUGGCCUUUUGAAGCCGGUGUCGAUAUUUACGCCAUAGAAUUUGAGCACCUCAGGGAAGCACGGAGACAAGCAAUACUCAGAAAGUAUGAAGACCCUGCCGUGUGGGAAACAAAGUCGGAGGAACUCGUUAUUCGACGGACAGAAGGAUACGCGGCCGUGGAAAAACGGAUGAAGGAGCGUCACGUGGACCUUUGUUCGAUUCAGGAUCGCGAGAUAUUAGGGGACAUUGAAAUUUAUAAUAAUUUGAGCACCUAUAUGCACACAGUGAAGUGUACUGCAAAUACGGAAGUAUUUAUAUUAGACACUAAGAACUAUGACCGAAUUGUUGGGAAAAGAAACACAGCCACCAUCAAUAUCAUGCGAGAAUAUGUAAAAGCCAAGCUGGAAACUAGAAUGAACAUGAAACAAGGACAUUUAGUUCCGUUUUUACAAUUUUUACAUUUCAAAUUGACAGAAGAGUCGUUACCUCAGUCUAAACCAUUACCUCCAUUAAAAACUUCCAAAACUCUGCCGGACAGGGACACCAUGCUGCAACAACUGCUUCAGUGGUUCAGAGAUGGGAAGUCGACGGUUGUGGAACCUUUCACCCCUGGAGCAGUUUUCUACAAGGAACUUAUGAAAGAAAAGGCAGCAGCUCGCAAGGACCAUCCCGCGCCUGUCAAAACUAGUGUUGCCCUCACCCUGAGGGCAAACCGACGAAAUCAACCACCUCGAAAACCGAGGAGUUUGAUGGAAAUUAGAGAGUCUCUGCGACAAAUGAUGGAAGCGGAGGUUAUCGAAUUUGAAAAUGAAGCAGCAAAGAAACAGAUUGGGUCUCGAAAAAAACCGAAAGACAGAGGCAGGAAGGUUCGAAAAAGACAUUCAUCCCAAACUCAAUCAAAUUUUGAAGGAAGUCGAAGCAAGGCGGCGUCACUGCAAUCACUAGCCUCGCUUCCAAAUUACUCAGGAGAUAAAGAGCAGGACGAAAGCGACAACACAUUACUUAAGAUAUUUGCUAAUCAUAAUAAGCCGCCAAAUGAAAACGAAAGCAAACCAAAGAGCAGACGAGGUUCCUUGGAAAAUGCUUCUCGAGACGAACAAAAAUCAGUAAAACCGGUUCUCAUCACGGAAGUAAAUAGUUCUCCUCGAAAGGAGCAGCGUGUUGACCUACCAAAUAUUAAGGAAGAACGUACGCAAGAGGAAAUUAUUCUUAAAAAACAAAAUCUAGGACUUAAUACCAAAGACAAUCUGACAUUGAACACUGAAAAGUCUGACGUAGCAGCUCGAACACAAUUCCAAGUUCCAAAUGCAGCAAAAUCAAAAGAACUUCAAGUGUCAAAUCUUGAAAAUGUCCCCACUCUGAUUGGCGAGGAGAACACCCUGCCAAAUAUCCCAGGAGCAGAAACAUCAUCUAUUGUAAAGAAAAGAAAUGAAAAUUCCAAAUGGACAACCGCAAUGAAAUUUGUCAACGAGAAUAUACAGCGCCGACUGAUGACGAAAAAGGAAUCGGAUAAUGACAACCUUCCCCACUAUGAUGACUACGAGUCCAACGAUAAAAACCUGACCUUCUUGGAGAAUAGACUCAUGGCUUUCCAUGUAAAAUACGGCGGAAAAGCAAAACUGCACAUGAAAUUACCGAAACUUGCGAGAUAUACUACGGAAGAAAAUGAAGUAAAAGCUCCAAAACCUGGUGGCAAGGUUUGGAUCAGAAGGCGCAUGUGCAGAUUCGCCGACAAUAAGAUCCAGGUUAAAGAUCACCAACAUGUUCGACACCAUAUUGUUGGAGACAUCCCCGAUUUUGACACCACGGUGCAAAAACAAAAGCGGGUCAUGCAAGCUUUUCUGUGAUACAGACGGACAACGCGAUGUUUAGAGAGUAUUACUUGGUGAAACAAUUAACAAGUGUAUUGCUAUUAAAAGAAUGACAGUUGACGAGGCUGUAAUUUGGAAACUAUUGUUAGCUAAUUUUCAAUAACAAGAUUUGUCAGAUUUUCAUGAAUAAACUCUCCACAUUCUAAUAUAUACAUGUAGAUUAAUAUAUGUAAUAUCAAACGUAAUUACUGAU